AGCGUGUCUAGGGCGGAACCAUCAUCACCGUUGUCCGGGACUCUGUGACCCUGAGUUUAGAUAGCAAGUUGUGAAAAGAGAGUGCUGCAGACACUCCCCCAACGAGGAUUUAAGCGAUAGAUACACCAUAUCCAAUCGUCGCAGUCAUGGGGGUUCUAGAGCACGCGCUCGACAACCAGACAGCCUACCGACCGGAAGCACUGACCGGUGCGGACCAAUCGGGUCUGCGGUACCUCGGCUGGAAUGUGGCACCCGAAGAUCUCGUCCACAUUCCCGAGCAUUGGCUACAGUAUCCGGAACCGGAAGCUUCGCUGCACUACCUGCUGGGACUGCUGUACAUUGCCUUUAUGGUGUUUGCACUCGUCGGCAAUGGACUGGUCAUUUGGAUUUUCUCGGCCGCAAAAUCCUUAAGGACUCCUUCGAACAUCUUCAUCAUCAAUCUUGCCUUCUGUGAUUUCUUCAUGAUGGCCAAGACCCCGAUCUUCAUCUACAACUCCUUCACCAAGGGCUACACGCUCGGUCACACGGGCUGCCAGAUUUUCGCUUUCGUAGGAUCGCUGUCCGGAAUUGGAGCGGGUGCCACGAACGCGCUGAUUGCCUACGAUCGAUACAACACUAUUACUCGUCCAUUCGAGGGCCGACUUACCCAAACCAAGGCGCUCAUCCUCACCUGUCUCGUCUGGGUGUACACCAUCCCGUGGGGUGUGCUGCCGCUGCUGGAAAUCUGGGGCCGCUUCGCGCCAGAGGGCUUCCUAACAGCUUGUACUUUCGACUACCUUUCUUCGACAUUCGACAACCGAAUGUUCGUCGGAACAAUCUUCACGUUCAGCUACGUCCUACCCAUGAGCCUCAUCAUUUAUUACUACAGCCACAUCGUGAAACAUGUGGUCAACCACGAGAAAGUACUGCGUGAGCAGGCGAAAAAGAUGAACGUGGAGUCGCUACGAUCGAACCAGAACAAAAACGAUUCCUCCGUUGAAAUCCGUAUUGCCAAGGCCGCCAUCACGGUGUGCUUCCUGUUCGUUGCCUCCUGGACACCUUACGCCGUGCUGGCGUUGAUCGGUGCGUUCGGUGACAAAAGCCUGCUCACGCCAGGAGUAACCAUGUUCCCGGCCUGUGCCUGCAAGUUUGUCGCCUGUCUGGAUCCCUACGUAUACGCCAUCAGCCACCCCAGGUACCGCAUCGAGCUCCAGAAGCGUUUGCCGUGGUUGGCAAUUACGGAAACGUUGCCGGCGGAGACGGCCACCACGUGUACAGAGCCGGAAGGACAGACUGCCACGUAAUCGGUGACCGCGGUGAUUCGCCGCCGAUGGGCAACGGAAAUCGACAAGCGCUAUGUUUACCGGACUAUGGCUAGGACAUGCCUGUUUUAAAGUGUUUCCAAAUUGUUUAAAUACUUUCUUUCUCGAAUCUAUAACAAAACAUUUAAUAAAUAAAUUGAAAUGCAACCAU